AUGCUCACAUCGCAUGAGCAACUUCUUCGCGCCCAAAAUGCUCGCUUGCAAGAAUUUACAAUUUCAAAUGAUGAAGUGACUAGCACUACUCCAACAAUGGUACCAACAUAUACAGUUCAACGUUCAGCAUCACCUAGCAGUUUGUUGUUAUCUACAAAGCACAUUUGCGCAAUAUGCGGUGAUCGUGCUUCCGGCAAACAUUACGGAGUGUACAGCUGUGAAGGUUGUAAAGGAUUUUUCAAGAGGACAGUGCGCAAGGAUCUUGUCUACUUGUGUCGUGAGAAUCGCAACUGUAUCAUUGAUAAGAGGCAGCGCAAUCGUUGUCAAUACUGUCGGUAUCGGAAAUGCCAAAGUAUGGGAAUGAAACGUGAAGCAGUACAAGAAGAAAGGCAAAAUACGAGAGUGGAUGUUCGAAAGGUACUGGAUAGCACCGGACAGUAUAUGAGCACGAAUCAAAUGGAAGCAGAAAGUACAAGCAACUGUAGCGAUCCUGAAGCACAGCUCGAAAGGAUAGCUGGGGCGGAAGAAGCUUCUGAAACACUUUUCAGCAACAUUAAGGUUGAAUCAAAUGAUGCAAGUAGCUGCGAAUCGCUGGGAUGGCAUAUGAUACGAAUUAUCGACUGGGCCUUGCUGCUGCCGUCUUUCAAGGAUAUUCUUAUCGAAGAUCAAGCUCGAUUAAUUCGUUCUGGUUGGUACGAGCUAAUUCUUGCUGAUAUUGCUUAUCGUUCAUCCACCGAUAAGUUGUUACUGUGGCCGGAGCGUAUCAUGGAAAGGGACGAAGCCGAAAUGCUCGGUUGCCGAGUGAUUUUUGAUCGGAUUAUCAACGAGUUGACGAUGAGAAUGAAAGAUUUAGCGGUAGACAGAAUGGAGAUUGCCGCUCUACGAUACGCUAUUUUAAUGAAUCCAGGUAAGCCGCACUACUAG